CCUGUGUAGUAAGCCGACGUGUUGAUAUGGCUGACAGAGGCAAGAAAGACUCGACUCCUCCGCCGUUACUGUUGAUGCCGGCUGGUGGUGGACUUACUCUUAAUCCUCCUGAUCAACCGAAUGUCCUGAUGCCCAUUAUUCAAUCAGAACCUUCACUUUUAGGACCAGAUGAAGAAGGGGAAGCGGACAGUUUUGUUGGCCAGGGUCCAGCCCCACCCAUGGGGCAACCAGGUCCUCCUCAACCAAAUUCUUUCAACUACUUCCAAGGUUCACAAUCUUCAGGGAUGCCAGGAAGUAGUGAUCCUUUUGCAAACAUUGGUCAGCAGGCGCCUCUAGCCCCACCCCAAAGCAACACACCACCAAUGCCCCCAGUGUCUGGGAUGCCAGGGGUGUCCAACUUUCAGUCUGUCCCUCAACACUCUCAGUCUGGUCUGCCUACAAUGCUCGGUGGUGGUCCUCCACCUAAAGGUCCAGCCACUGGCAACAUGUUCCGCAACACUGGUCCCCUGCGUUACGCCCAGCCACCCCAGGGGACAUAUGCAACAACAGGCAUCCCCCCGCCUGGACCCCAGACGACCCCCUUCUCACAACCCUCCCCUUUCCAGCCACCACCCACAGCCAUGUCCACUCCUCCCCACCCACCCACAGCCAUGAUCCCUCCCAUGUCCUCCGACCCACAGGCUUCUCAACCUCCCCCACAGGUUGGGGCGGGGCCUCUGAGUGGUGCGGCCCUGGUGUACCAGCCUGUGCAGGCUCACUGGUGCUUCUGUAAGAAUGUGGAAAACAAGGAUGUGUGGUUCCCUUUCUCUCUCCUCGACUCACUCAGGAUAGAGGAGUGUUAUAAGACAGCUGCACGACAUGACCCUGAGAACACCGUGAUCCCAGCUAUCGGUGGGCGCUACGACGUCAAUGUGGGCAAGCGGCUGCGCAGCGCGGUGUACUGGGAGGAGGAGCCCACGAGCAUCCGCAGGUGCACCUGGUUCUACAAGAGAGAGGGGGACAACAGAUACGUCCCCUAUGGGGAGGACUUUGCUCAGAAACUAGAGGAGGAGUACCGUAAUGCAAUCCAGUUCAACAGCUGGCACAAGAGGCUUGAGUUUCCAGGAGGGGAAACCAUCGUCAUGCACAACCCCAAUGUCAUCGUGCACUUCCAGGCCUCAUCUCAGCCUGAUGAGUGGGGCAAUGUACAGGCAGUCCAAAGUGUGUAUUCACUGCCGGGAGACCAGAUGAGACCCCGAGUGGUGAAAAGAGGUGUCGAUGAUUUUGAAAACAUCGCAGAUGGAGAAACUCCCAAUGUAGAUCAUCUAGUCUUUGUCGUCCAUGGUAUCGGCGCCAACUGUGAUGUCAAGUUUCGCAGUCUGGUGGAGUGUGUGGACGACUUCCGCUCGAUAUCUCAUGGUCUGAUGGACUCCCACUUCCACCGCUACAAGUCUGAGGGGCGAGUACAUCGUGUGGAAUUCCUUCCAGUACAUUGGCAUAGUUCUCUUCACUCGGAUGCCACCGGAAUAGACAGACGUCUGAAAGGAAUCACUCUACCAAGUACCCCCAAACUCCGCUACUUCGUCAACGACACACUGAUGGACAUCCUCUUCUACACUAGUCCCUCCUACUGUCAGGUUAUAUCAAGAACUGUUGGUAACGAGAUGAACAGAUUGUAUCAACUCUUCCUGUCAAGAACACCAUCAUUCAAGGGCACUGUGUCAGUGGCUGGUCACAGUUUGGGUUCAUCUAUCCUAUUUGACCUCCUCCUCCACCAGAGAGUGGAUGCUGAUGGGGAGACGAGUUUCAGCUCGGAGACCACUUCAGGGGAGCCCCACAACCUGGACUCACCGGUAGCCGAAGAGUUGUCUCCCCCUGAUGUGAAUGGUGAUGAAGGUCAAGGAAGUCUGACCCUGGAGGAACUUCUCUCCAAAGUUGGCCUUGAGGAUAAACUGGGAUUGUUCCAGCAAGAGCAGAUAGACAUGGAAUCUCUGAUAAUGUGCAGCGAAUCGGAUUUGAAGGAUCUUGGGCUUCCAAUGGGACCACGUAAAAAACUACAGGGUAUUUUGAAAGAAGAAUCAGAGAAGGAGGAGAAGAAGAAACGACAGGCUGAACAUGUUGCCAAGGAAGCAGCAGAGAAGAAGGCAAGAGAAGAACAGAGAGCUCGGGAAGGAGAAGACAGAAAUAAGAACUUUGGCAACAUGAGGCUGGAGAGGACGUCCAGUAUAUCAGUAGACUACAUCUGUGGCCUGGCUGGAACUGGCCAGCCAAUCGUGCAGUACCCACAACUGGACUUCCAGCCAUGCGGGCUGUUUGCCAUGGGCUCCCCGAUCGGUGUGUUCCUGUCAGUCCGGGGGGUGGACAAUGUGGGGGAGGAGUUCAAGCUACCCACCUGUUCCCGGGUCUUCAACAUCUUCCACCCCUUUGACCCGGUUGCCUACCGACUGGAGCCAUUAGUCAACCCAGCUGCCAGCAGCAUCAAGCCAGUUCUUAUCCCUCACCAUAAGGGCCGGAAGAGGCUGCAUCUAGAGUUGAGAGAGAGUUUAACUCGGGUAGGAAAUGACCUGAAAAACAAGUUGAUGGACUCCCUUAGGAGUACAUGGAACUCUAUCCAUGAUUUUGCGAUGGCACACCGCGCGGCAGCGACCCCAGAGAGUCUGCAGCAGGAGAUGGACAAGGAGAUGACCAGCGUCAUCCAGCAGCUGCAGCAGCAGAAUGAGGAGGACAAGAUCGAGACUGGAUCUGUUGCGUCCAGCCACGAUGAUGACCUGUGCAUGGGGCAGCUGAACGAAGGCCGGCGAGUGGACUUUGUGUUGCAGGAGAAACCUAUUGAGAGCUUCAACGACUACCUGUUUGCCCUGGCCAGCCACGGCUGUUACUGGGAGUCGGAAGACACAGUGCUACUGUUCCUCAAGGAGCUGUACUCCCCAUUCGGGAUUGCACCCCAGAUGCCUGGCCCUGAGGGAGCACAUCAACGAGCUGCAGCUGGCCCCUCACCGUUAGGGCCUCCCCCUAUGAGUGUACCUGCAGGUCCCCCGCCCCUUGGGUCGCCACCGCAGGGGAUUCCCAGACAACCACCCCCAGGUUUCUCACCAGGUCCAUUUUCCCGUGGACAAAACCCCUCCCCUGGUCCUUCCUUCAGCCCAGGUAUGCUCCCUCCCACAGUCCGGCAAGGACCACCCCCAAUGGGGAUGCCCCCAAUGCAGUCCCCACCCCAGGGGCAACAAACGGCGACGGUAGGUCCACCCCCUAUGAGUGGAUUCUUCCGGUCACCGCCUAAACAAUGAUGUAUCAUCUAGUCACUGUACAGAUAGUUUUGGAACAAAGUUAAUUUUACAUGAAUUGUACAGACUGAUUUUACAUGUGUAAAUGUCAUUGAAGGUUAUGUGUGAUGAGGCUCAGUGGCAGUCCAUCUGUGUGAGUGAAGCGUGGUUUGAGAAGGCACCUCUCAUAUUUAUUUCCACUGUUUGUUAAAUGUUCUUUGUUUUUUCAACUGCUCAGUUACUGGUAAUUUGUUAAUUUAUCAAGAAGUGCUUUGACAAAUUUCUGUUUGAGUUCACAUAUGUAUGAGUGUGCCAUUAAAUGUGGUAUUUGCAUUUAUAAAAUUGGAAACCAACUUGUCUUGCCUUCUCAAUAAAAUGGUCCAAAAAGUCUGGUUUUAUAAGUCUCAGAUUAUCAUUACAUUUGAGAUUCAGUUGUGUCAGUUGAGAUUUGAAAAUGUGAGUGUAAGGAUUGUUUAUAUCAGGGUUUGGGAUGAAAGCCAAAUGAGAGGUUGAGCUGAGAUUAUAUGACUCUACGAUGAUCACAGAUGUAGAGCCAUCAGCUUUCGACUCUCUGUUUACGGCCUCUCUUGUGGCUUUUCAACCCCAGCCUAAAGUCAUGAACACAUUUGCCAAACUGAAAAACACUAUUCUGAAAUGGGCAUAACCCACUGUUGUAUAUAUUUGUAUAUUGCCUAUCUAUUGUUACUACCCAGAAGCAAAAGGGCAGUAGAGGCAUGGCACUGAUCAGUAUCAAUUUCAUGUCAAUUUCAAUGUGCCAUGUAACCAGACUGUGUAUGUCCUUGCAUGUGUCUCACCAGUACUGACAAUAUGUAUGUAGCUUACAGUUGAAGAACGUCUUCAGUUAGAAACAUCUUGGGAUUAGCAGGGAGGCUUAGCAUGGUUAUUGGUUAUCACUUGGCAUGGGUAUAUUUCAUGACGCCAGUUCUUGGCAAAAUAACUGCAAAAUUGAUUAGAGCUCUAUGAACAUUUUCUUUGUACAUUGUAUUUCUUAGUAUUGUGUUCCAUGCAAUAUUGUUUUAACAUGAGAUAAAUUCCUGCACACUUAAAACACUUUAACAAUCAUAUUUUAAGUUCAAUUAAUUGGGAAGUAAAUUGUUUCUGAAAAUAUCUGCUCACUAAGGUUUGAAUUUUCUCAUACAUUUGUACACAAACAUGAUUUAAGAAUGUGAAUUGUAGCAACAUAUUGACCUGUCAUUUCAUAGAAUCUGGCCGGGAACAAGUCUUGUACCAGGUUCAGCAUCAUCCUUAACUUCUCAGACCAAAAUGUGUAGAAACUGUCGGGGUCUCAAACCUGCUGUUGUGAUUUCUUUCCUUUGUCUGAUCACUGGUUCUGUAUGUGGUAUGAGUGCUCCAGUGUGGCUGCAAUUAUCAUGUGGAUAUCUUUGCAUCCUUCCAUGCAACAUACAAAUAUUCUUCUCAUACACAUAAUCAGUGUCUCAAAACCAAAAACCUGUUAAUCUUCUGAACUGCAUGGAAAGAAGGCCUGUUUUCUCCCUGUUUCUCAUGACCUUAAUAAAACAUCAAAUGUA